AUGCCUAAACCAGUACCACCACAUCUCAAUCCAUUGAGACUCAAGACCAAUCUCAAAAUGGCAAUCUCUAAGUUAAAAUUCACCCAGGAAAAGAAAGUUGCAUUAACAAAACAGCAGCGAAGACAAUUGGCCGAGUUGCUUAAAGCCGGCAAGGAAUCCUCUGCUAAAAUCAGAGUCGAGAAUAUAAUUCGGGACGACAUAUACAUUGAGCUCUUGGAGUUCCUUGAGCUUUAUUGUGAGCUUUUGUUGGCGCGAUUAAACAUGGUUCUCGAUCGACCCACUUGUGAUCCCAGCUUGCUUGAAGCGGUCAGUUCACUUAUUUACUCGGCCCAGAACAGCGACUUGAAGGAGUUGGUUGCUAUUAGGGACAUAUUGAUUUACAAGUACGGAACUGAGUUUGGGAAGGCGGCAUUGGAGAAUGAAGGCGGGCAUGUGCCGGAGAAGAUUGUGCGACGGUGUGGCGUUGAGCCGCCAAGUGAGGAUUUGGUGAAUAUGUACCUUGUUGAGAUAGCGUUGGCUUAUGGUGUGCCGUAUUCGGGAUUGGAGCAUUUCAAAAAUGAUGAAGUGGAAGGGAGAGGUGGUGGUGAUGAUGAUGAGGGCGAAGGUGGAACCAAAGAGAGUGUACCACAACAGGACCACAAGGAGAAGCCAUUGGCUGAGUUGGCUGAAAAGCCUAGUGUUGUGGCAAGUAAACCGCAAACCAAGCCAACGCCGAAACAACAAGAUGAUUUUGACGCAUUAGCUGCUAGGUUUGCCGCUUUGAAGAAGACACCUAAAUAG